AUGCUUUUGAAAACAUUCAAUCACAGUAAAAGACAUAAUGAUUGCGAUUUGGUUGCGAUCUGUUCGAACACAUAUGAUGGAUAUGAAUGUCAAUGUCCGCCAGGAUUCUUAGAUACAUCACCUGAUCCUUUACGCUUACCAGGAAGGAAAUGCACUCAACUAAUUAAUGAGUGUGGUACAAAUAAACACGAUUGUUCACCAUACGCUACAUGUGUCGAUACGUUGGAAUCAUACCUGUGUCAGUGUAAUGCCGGAUUUAAGGAUGUUUCCUCACGCUAUGAUUUAAAACCUGGACGACGCUGUGCUCAAUCCAUGAAUCAAUGCGCUAAUCGAUUAGCGAAUUCAUGCGAUGAAAAUGCGGACUGUGUAACAUUACCCGACGGCUAUACUUGCAUUUGUGCUACCGGAUAUUUUGACGUUUCCAGUAAUGCUAAGCUACCACCCGGACGUGUAUGCACCCUGCAAACUCAGUGCCCAGCGCAAUCAACAGAUCUUGUUUUUCUAAUCGAUGGAAGUGGUUCGAUUGGUUAUGAUAUCUUUCAUAAAGAGGUGCUCCGUUUUGUGAAAGAUUUCGUCGAGUUAUUUGAUGUUUCUCCGCAGCAAACUCAUGUAGCUGUAGUACAAUAUUCAGAUCUUAUUAGACAUGAAAU